AUGCGCUCCUUCGGCGUCAUCGCCACGGCCUCGACAGCGCUUCUGGCAGGCGUUGCUCAGGCUGCCCUCACUCCGCCCGUUCUUCCACUGAUUGUCCGCAAUCCGUAUCUCAGCACAUGGCUGGGUAAUGCUAGGGAGGAGCCGUGGAAGAAAUGGCCAAUGUUCUGGACUGGUUCCGAGGUCGGGUUUGCGAUUCUAGCUUCCACUCCUGACACCAAUACCGUGUUCCCGCUGCUUGGUCGGCCACAGGACUCGCUGAGCGAGAGGGCUAAAGACUAUAACAUUUCAUAUCCCAAGUAUAAAGGUGCUACCUACGACGCGUCCGUGACCAACCUGUCCUACGCAAUUCCGGCCCCCUCUAGAGGCGCCGAUGACCUCCACCUGACCCUGUCCUUCCUGUCUCCGGUGACACCAUCCUCGACACUACGGCAAUCCCUUCCUGCUUCAUACCUGAAUAUAUAUGUAGAUGGCGAUUUUGACAUUGACGUUUAUGUUGACGUCAACGGCCAAUGGGUCAGUGGCAAUCGAGGGAACAAGAUCGAGUGGAAGCUUCACAGACCCGAGCCAGUCGGAGGCGCAGAGCCCCUCAAGACUUGGAUCGUGAAGCGCCAAAUUGAACAAGAGCUGACCGAAUGGAGCGACCAGGCAGAGUGGGGGCAGCUUCACUUCUCCGCACCCACUGGUGUACGCCAUGAGUCUGGUACUUCGGCGGUUCUGCGUCAGCGCUUCUCACGGACUGGAACCUUACAAAAUGACAAUGAUGGCUCCUUCCGAGGCAUCAUGGACGAAGAGCCUGUAUUUGCGUUCUCCAAGUCGUUCAGACUCGGAAAUAUUUCCAGCCUUGGCAAGAGCAAGACCUCGGACAGCGUCAUGUUCACCAUCGCUCACAUCCAGGACCCAAUCGUCCAAUAUGCCUCCGCACGAGGCUUGACGUAUAUGAGGCCAUUAUGGAAGUCUUGGUUCAUUCACGACGAGGAAAUGAUCCGCUAUCACUAUGGCGAUUUUGCGAAUGCUGAUGCCUUGGCACGGAACUACUCUGACCAGCUUAGGGUCGACGCCUACGAGUCUGGCUCGGAGAAUUAUGUCGACAUCGUGGCUUUGUCUGCUCGCCAAACUAUGGGCGCGACAAGUUUUGGAGGAACACCGGAAGCUCCACUCCUCUUCUUGAAGGAGAUAUCUUCUAAUGGAAACUCGCAAACCGUUGAUGUCAUAUUCCCGGCCUGGCCAUUUUUCCUCUACACGAAUCCGCGUUGGGGCGCAUACCUUUUGCAACCACUGAUCGAGCACCAGCUGAGCGGGCAGUACCCCAACAACUACUCGAUGCACGAUCUUGGCUACCAUUUCCCGAACCUGACAGGCCAUGCUGAUGGAAGGGACGAGUACAUGCCCGUGGAAGAAUGCGGAGACAUGUUAAUCAUGGGCCUCUCUCUGGUCAACUCCUUGAGCUACAACACUGAUGCCGAGUCUCAGUCAAUCUGGUCGACCGUUGGAAACACGAACUACCAUGCGACAUCGGAAAGCGCCUUUGCUCUUACUUCCUUGGGCAUGCAUGACGGCAUCUCAGAUAUUGACGACACCUGGGGCGGGGGUACCAAGGGCGUCAAGCAAGCGCAAAAGUGGCUGAGGGAGAGCUAUCCUCUCUGGAAGAAGUGGACUGGAUAUCUGGUUGAAUACAGUCUAGAACCACACAAUCAGCUUUGCACGGACGACUUCGCUGGCUGGCUAGCGCUGCAGACCAACCUUGCCCUCAAGGGAAUCGUUGGUAUCAAAGCGAUGAGCGAGCUUGCGAAUGUAUUAGACUACAAAGACGAUAAGAAUGAAUACCAAAACAUCUCCGAGACUUACAUCGAGAAAUGGCAAGAGUUUGGCAUGUCGCGUGACGGCUCUCACGCCAAACUAGCAUAUGACUGGUAUGGCAGUUGGACAACGCUCUACAGUCUCUACGCCGACGCUGUCCUAUGUUUCCAUCCAUCAAUCACGAAUGAGAUUUUAGUUUCCGAGGAGUCAUCCGAUGAGCCGGACUUCCACGCAGCUGGAAACCUCCAACACCCGUUGCCACUCGAAAAGGCCGCCAAGAACAGGAAAGGUGACCCACAGCACCCCAUCAAACCUCCACCGGAGCGUAAGCCGAUCACAAAGAAUUUCAUCCCAGACCACAUCUACAAGGUCCAGUCCAAGUGGUACGCGGCUGUGAUGCAGAAGUAUGGGCUGCCGCUUGAUUCUCGGCACUUGUACACCAAGUCCGAUUGGGAGUUUGAGGCCGCUGCCGUGGCAUCAAAGUCGGUCCGGUCCGAUAUCCUGGAUCGUGUCGCCAAUUGGCUCAACGAAACCGUCACGGACCGCCCUUUUACUGAUCUGUAUAACACUGAGGGCAAUGGCGGGUUCCCCGGCCCGAACUUCUUUGCCAGACCUGUCAUUGGUGGGCAUUUCGCAUUCUUGACCCUCGAGAGAGCGUGUGGUGGGACCGCCGCGAAGGCUUUUGAAUUCGAGAACGAGGAGUAA